AUGGCUAAACACACUAAGAAAUUCGGAAUCGUCAGUAAAUAUGGGACCCGCUACAGUGCCUCCCUCCAGAAAAUGGUGAAGAAAAUUGAAAUCAGUUGGCACGCCAAGUAUACUUGUUCCUUCUGUGGCAAAACCAAGAUGAAGAGAUGGGUUGUGGGGAUCUUUCACUGUGGUUUCUGCAUAAAAACAGUGGUUGGUGGUGCUUGGACCUACAACAUCACUUCUGCUGUCACAGUCAAGUCUGCAAUCAGAAGGCUGAAGGAACUGAAAGACCAGUAGAAAGUUCUACCAUAUAGCAAAA